AUGACUAUAUUGUUGACGUACAGUGUGGCUUUGGGCUACCGGCGCGUCCUGAAGGCCAGGCCGCUUGACGAAGGUGCAGUGAGGGAGUCCCUAUUUGGCCCUUUGCCAAAACCUAGACUGAACCAAAUAGCCUACGCAUUGUAUAGACGAUCUCCUCUUUUGAGCGUCAUCCCCGGCACUCCCCCUGGUCAACAUCCUGCAUCACCCAGUCAUCGAACUUCCAUGCAACUUGGGAGCAGUGCUGCUCAUCCCUAUCUAUUUGGGUUCUAUCCAGCUAGUGGAGAGGCGGAGGAGGUAUCGCGUGCUCACUUUUUUGACCUCUUCAUGCAGCUGCUGUCAAUGACUUCAUUCACAGCUAGUGUCGAUUAA